GCGGCAUCCCUCGCAAUUACGACAACCACCAACUUGACGACUGCCACGAUUUUUGCUACUCGUCAUGUCCAUUGAUUUUCCCAAGGAGGAGGAGCUCGUCCUGCAGAGGUGGAAGGAGAUCAAUGCCUUCCGCCGACAGGUCGAGCUCUCCGAGGGCCGCAAACCUUACACUUUUUACGACGGUCCUCCCUUCGCAACCGGCCUCCCCCAUUAUGGCCAUCUACUGGCUUCGACUAUUAAAGAUAUUAUUCCUCGAUAUUGGUCGAUGAAAGGUCACUAUGUCGAGCGACGAUUCGGCUGGGAUACGCACGGUGUGCCUAUCGAAUACGAGAUCGAUAAGAAAUUGGGCAUGUCAGGUUUGGAGGCGGUCCAAAAGCUGGGGAUUGAGAAGUACAACGACGAGUGCAGAGCUAUUGUCAUGAGGUUUGCCUCUGAAUGGCGUCAAACUAUUGAAAGACUUGGUCGUUGGAUCGACUUCGAUAAUGAUUAUAAGACCAUGAACACGCCCUUUAUGGAGUCCGUUUGGUGGGUUUUCAAGCAGCUGUUCGACAAGGGGCUUGUCUAUAAGGGCUAUCGUGUCAUGCCUUACUCCACUGCCCUCAACACCCCCCUCAGUAACUUUGAGGCGCAGCAAAAUUACAAGGACGUCCAGGAUCCUGCUGUUGUGGUCACAUUUCCUCUAGUGGAUGAUCCAGAGACCUGCCUUCUUGCCUGGACGACUACGCCUUGGACCCUCCCUUCGAACGUCGCUCUCGCAGUAAAUCCUGGCUACGAAUAUAUCAAGAUCCAUGACGAGGCCUCCGGAAAGCAUUACAUUCUUCUGGAGACAUUGCUUCGAACCCUGUAUAAAGACCCCAAGAAGGCCAAGUUUAAGAUUGUGGACCGAUUCAAGGGGUCGCAGAUGAAGGAUUGGAAAUACCAGCCCCUCUUCAACUACUUUUAUGAUACAUUCAAGGAUCAUGGAUAUCGUGUGCUGAAUGCUGAAUAUGUGACUGCUGAAGAUGGUACUGGUAUUGUCCACCAGGCCCCUGCAUUUGGUGAGGACGAUUACAAGACUGCUGUGGAUGGUGGUGUUAUUGAUGAAAACCGCCAGCCCCCCAAUCCAGUCGACGAGAUGGGCUGCUUUACAUCUGAGGUUCUGGAUUUCCACGGCCAACAUGUCAAAACUGCUGAUAAGGCCAUCAUUAAGUACUUAAAGGCAAAUGGUCGUCUUAUUGUGGACAGCCAGAUUACUCACAGUUACCCAUUCUGUUGGCGCUCUGACACACCUUUGAUCUACCGGGCCGUUCCUUCGUGGUUUGUUAAGAUCGGACCUAUCAUCCCACAGAUGCUCCAGGGUAUUGAAGAAUCGCACUGGGUUCCUAGCUUUGUGAAGGACAGGAGAUUUGCUAGCUGGAUCCAGAAUGCCCGCGAUUGGAACAUUUCCCGUAAUAGGUUUUGGGGCACCCCGCUGCCUCUAUGGGUUAGCGAUGACUUUAGUGAGGUCGUCGCCGUCGGAAGCGUCCAAGAACUCAAGGAGCUUAGCGGUUAUGAAGGAGAGCUUACUGACCUUCACCGCGACAAGGUUGAUCACAUCACUAUUCCAAGUAAGAAGGGCAAUGGUGUGCUUCGGCGUGUCAGUGAGGUGUUCGACUGUUGGUUCGAAUCAGGCAGCAUGCCAUAUGCGUCUCAGCACUAUCCGUUCGAAAACAAGGAUCAGUUUGAGAAAAGCUUCCCAGGUGAUUUCAUCGCAGAGGGUCUAGAUCAGACCCGCGGCUGGUUCUACACCUUGACUGUUCUGGGCACUCACCUCUUCGGUAAGCUGCCUUUCAAGAACUGUGUCGUGAAUGGAAUCGUUCUUGCAGAGGAUGGAAAGAAGAUGUCCAAGAGGUUGAAGAACUACCCCGAUCCCUCCUUGGUCAUGGACCGAUACGGCUCGGAUGCCCUAAGACUUUACCUCAUCAACUCGCCCGUCGUUCGUGCGGAGCCACUCAGGUUCAAGGAGUCGGGCGUCAAGGAGAUUGUCGCUAAAGUACUUCUCCCCCUGUGGAAUAGUUACAAGUUCUUUGAAGGUCAAGCGGCGCUUUUCAAGAAGACUACGGAUGUUGAUUACAUGUGGGAUCCUAAAGCCGAAGCUACUAACACCAAUGUCAUGGACCGUUGGAUCCUCGCUAGUUGUCAAAGUCUCUUGAAGUUCGUCAACGAGGAAAUGGCUGCAUACCGUCUGUACACGGUCGUUCCCCGUCUCCUGGAGUUGAUUGACAACACCACCAACUGGUACAUCAGAUUCAACCGCAAGCGCUUAAAGGGUGAGAACGGCGUUGAUGACACCUUGCAUGCUCUGAAUACCUUGUUUGAGGUGAUCUACACCUUGGUCAGAGGCCUUGCGCCGUUCACACCAUUCCUUACCGAUAAUAUCUAUCAGCGACUACUUCCUCAUAUCCCAGAGGCUCUCCGCAGCGAGGAUAGCCGGAGCGUCCACUUCCUUCCCUUCCCUGAAGUACGUGAGGAAUUGUUCGAUGAGAUUGUGGAGAGGAGGGUAGCACGCAUGCAAAAGGUUAUCGAAAUGGCCCGUAUUUCCCGUGAGCGUCGAUCCCUCGGCCUGAAGACACCUCUGAAGACACUUGUCGUCAUCCACCAAGACCAGCAAUUCUUGGACGACGUGAAGUCUUUGGAGACCUACAUUCUCGAGGAAAUUAAUGUCCAGGAACUCGUAUUGUCGUCCGAUGAGGCCAAGUACAAUGUCCAGUAUAGUGUGACAGCUGACUGGCCGACUCUGGGCAAGAAGCUGAAGAAAGAGGUUCAAAAGGUCAAGAAGGCCUUGCCAUCUCUGAGCAGCGAUGAUGUGAAGAAAUUCGUUACCGACAAGAAGAUUCUUGUUGACGGUAUUGAGCUUGUUGAGGGUGAUCUUGUUGUCAAGCGCGGUCUCAAGCAAGACUCCUCCUCCGAAGCUAUGGAGCCUAACGCGGACGCUGAUGUGCUGACCAUUCUUGAUGUUCAUCUCUACCCAGAGCUGGCCCAUCAAGGACUGGGCCGCGAGAUCAUCAACCGUCUCCAGCGUCUUCGUAAGAAGGCUGGUUUGGUCCCUACGGACGAUGUCAAAAUGCAGUAUGUCGUGCUCUCGGAUCCCGACAACGUCGGAAUCCGCGAGGCAUUUGAAACCCAGGCAUCGGUCAUUGAGAAAGUUGUUCGCCGGCCACUGGAGCAGUGUAAGGCUGCUGAGGGCAAGCUACCGAAUGCAGACGAAGAAGGCAUGAUCAUGCAGGAGGAGCAGGAAGUACAAAACGCGACUUUCUUGCUGCGGUUACUGAAGCUGUAGACUUUCAGGAUAUGAUUUCUAUUUUCUUUAAAUCUUGAGUUGAAUCCUUAGGGCUAUAUAUUCCCAAGAAAAUAACAUUCCAUUUAAAAG